AUGGAUAUGAGUCCUCGCAUGGAAGAGGUGGCAGGAGAAACAGUUGAGACCCGUCACCCUUAUCUGUCAGGCAACUUUGCGCCAAUCCAGUCAUGUCUGCCAUUGACGCCAUGUUCAUAUGAGGGAACGAUACCACUGGACCUCGCGGGGGGGCAGUACGUUCGCAAUGGCGGUAAUCCUGUAACAAAUGAUGACCAGACCCGAGCUGCACAUUGGUUUGAUGGCGACGGCAUGCUGAGUGGCGUUUUAUUCCGCCGUGUUGGCGAGAAAGAUGCUACGAUUCAGCCGGAGUUUGUCAACCAAUAUUUGUUGACCGACGUUUACUGCCAUGCGAAGAGCAACAAGUACCUGCGCCGACCUGUUGUGCCAAGUAUUGCGACGUUGGUAAAUCCCACCACGAGUAUGCUUCGCAUCGUAUUCGAGGUUUUCCGCACCGUCUUCUUCGUCAUGAUCUCUCGCCUUCCUGGAUUUGGUCGUCCGAUCAAGAAGAUUAGUGUUGCGAACACCAACGUAAUAUUCCACAACGGGCGCGCGCUGGCCACUUGCGAAAGUGGUCCACCCCUGAGAUUUUCGUUGCCGAGUCUGGAGACUAUUGGCUGGUUCAAUGGGAGGACGGCCGAGAACGAGUCGAUUCAUGGCAACGAGAGCGGGUUUGGCGGCACAGGCGUCAAGUCCUUCAUGAGGGAAUGGACGACCGCGCACCCUAGGGUCGACCCGGUGACUAAAGAGCUCAUCACAUUUCAUGCGACGUUUGUCAAGCCGUUCGUUCGUUGCUCCGUCGUACCGCCGACGUCAAAGCCCUUCAGCGGCUGCCAGCCCAUGUUCGACGCGCCAGUUCCAGGAAUCGAAUCGCCAAAGAUGAUGCAUGACUUCGGGGUGUCGAGACGUCACACUGUCAUCAUGGACCUUCCGCUCUCUCUGGAUACGAUGAACCUACUACGGGGGAUUCCUAGUUUGUCAUAUGAUUCCGCCGGCAAGUCGCGCUUUGGGGUGUUCCCGCGAUACCGACCAGAUGCCGUUGAGUGGUUCGAGACAAACCCUUGCACAAUCUUCCACACCGCCAACUGCUGGGAUACGAUACUACCAGAAAUUGAUAACAACAGCCCUGGGAUGUCAGUGAAUCUCGUUGCGUGUCGCCUAACAUCGGCGGCCAUGGUCUUCAGCGCUGGCAACCUACCAACGCCUGAGGUGAAACCUGUGCCUCCUGAGUAUGCGGAAGAGGAGCAGUGUCGGCUAUAUUACUAUAACUUUCCACUGUCGAAUAAAGCUGGCGUCCAAUACAACAUCAGACACCAGUGGGCUCUGUCCGCCAUUUCCCUUGAGUUUCCGUCUGUCGCUCCGGCAUACUCAAUGCAGGAAGCUCGGUAUGUCUAUGGGUGCUCGACGGGCGAGGCAUCUUAUUCCGUGGCCCUUGGCAAGGCAGCAAAGAUUGACCACUUGGCCAAGUUGGAUGUUCAAACGCUCAUUGCAAGGGGUCUAGCAAAGCCACCACAGCCUGUUAAGGGAUGUGUAGACAUGCGGAAUGUUCAUCAAAUUCUGACUAGCAAGGACCCGAAAGACCCCAUCAAACUUUUCCGGAUGCCCGAUGGAUGGUACGCUCAAGAGCCGCGCUUCGUUCCUCGAAAACAGCCUCGGUCCGAAGACGACGGAUGGUUGUUGGUAUAUGCGUUCAAUGAGGCCCAGCUCGAUGAGACAGGAGAAUGCCUCCCAGAUGCAGUGAGUGAGUUAUGGAUCAUCGAUGCGAAGGGCAUGAAAGAAGUGGUCGCGCGGGUCAAACUGCCACAGCGGGUGCCAUACGGCUUGCACGGAACCUGGUUCAGUGAGGAUGAGAUUAAUGAGCAAAUGCCAUUCAUUCAGACAAGGGGAAUGGCGCAGCAAUAG